AUGAAGAUCAUAUAAUUUCUGCAUGUCACUUUUUUGAUGAAUCUCAUACUGAAACCAGUGAGCUUUGCUUCAAUUGGAAUACUAACUUGAUUACAGCAAUCAGAUUCAUGACCUCUCUAUUAGUCAAACUAUUCUUAUUAUCAAGCAUGCAUUGUGAUACAACUUAUAAAACAAUUAAAAAAUGCUUCAAACUCUAUGAAAUUAUUGAUAAUAUUGAGGAUACAGGAUUUCCAAUAGCAUACCUUGCUUUGAAUAUUAUGAAAGCACAAGAUAUUGAAAAACAAACAGGAUUAUGGAUAAAGAUGCUUGCUAGUUUCCUUCAUUCUCUUUAUGACAAAGAGCUGCAAUCAUGA